AUGACUGGGAUGGGUUCUUUCUUCGGCCGUUUUGAAUGGGAGGUCUCGGGGACUGAGUACGGUUACUCGGUUGCAUACUCGCGGGGCUUCGAAGGAUCAACCCGCCCGGACCUCGACUUCUCCGAAGAACGGUUCGACGACACACAAGAAAAGUCCGUCUCCGCCAACUGCUCCUCCAUACUGCACUACAUUCUCUAUCUCCUCUGCAGACCAUGGCGCCAUAGAGGAUCAACUCUCCCCAACCUCAACUCUUCCGGAAGCACAGGACAAAACUUUUUCGAUGUAGUCAACCGAACCCUACAAGGAUAUCUUGAUCAAAACCUCUCCAUACACAAACUACAUCUCGACUUCUCGAGGCCCGACUCACCAACAGCUGUCGUCCUUCUCGGAAAAUGGAUCCCGAUGAUAGCUGCCCUCAACAUAAAAGUGUUCAAACUCAACUCUCGUUCAUAUACUCCGGCGUAUUACAACCUGCCCUCGGUAGUCUUCUUAGCAGAGUCACUCGAAGAACUGCACCUGUGCCGAUGCAGGGUGAGCCCGGUCGAGAGCGUGCGGUUUAAAAUUUUGCGCACGCUCACCCUUCAACAUGUCCAAGUUGAUGGCGCCACUUUCGAGACGAUAAUGUUGGGCUGCCCUUUGCUCAGGCGUCUGGUCCUUACUUAUUGUUUGGGGUUGAGAAACGUUAGGCUGAGCAAGGCGGCAUCGCCUGGGCUCAAGCACUUUGAAUUGGAUAAUUUCGAGUGGACCGAAGGGCAUAGCAUUGAAAUCGAUGUCCCGAAUCUCGAAAAGGGCCGCAUCGUGGGUCCAUGGAUUUGGUGUCACCACCAGAGCAAAUUAUUGUUCCCUCGUCUCACGAAUUUGGAUCUCAAUAGUGUGAUCCUGUCGAGAGAGUCGUUCGACCUGUUAUCGUUCGGCUGCCCGACUCUUGAGAGCUUGACCCUAUUUAGUUGCUCCGGUUUCGAGGAAUUCCAUCUUGCAAGUGAUUCGGUCAAGUGGUUGACCAUCUCGACAAGCAAUAUAUUGCUUAAAGGAGCUACGAUUUGUGCCCCCAACAUUCUCAGGUUUACGUUCUUUGCCUGUAUUCUUCAGCCGCUGCACACAUUCUCUUUCACGACCACUACUUCCAAGGAUUGGUCCUCACAAAUAUAUCUCUCUUCGUAUAAGGAUGAUCCUGAUUUCAACGUUAAUUGGUGGUUCCUUGAGCUGAGACGAAUGCUCAAGGCACUAAGUGGGUCUCGGAUUUCUCUAUUUCUGCGGAUGGACGGCGGCCCUCAGAACGUGCCUUGUAGUACUUUUCUCGGUGACGAGCCGCCUGUGAUGGUAAGGGAUUUGGAUUUUGCUACUUGCAAAUGUCGCACGGCAUCUUGGUACUCGGACUUUACGAAUGGCUUGUUUCGUGUUUGUCGACCGAGUCACGUACGGGGUGGUAGCUUCGUGAGAGUGUCGGACAAGAACUGCAGGCUCUCGGAGUUUCAGUUAAACAUCUUGCUUGCAAACAAGAACGUCAGGACCGAGCCCUACUUUUGGUCGCACGAUUUGGAACAAGUUCACGUCGAUGGACAACUCGUGCAGUGGAGAGACCUGUCGAAAUUGCGAAACAGGACGUAUGACAGGGACAUAUGGCUUGAGUUGAAAUGGAGAGGUCAUAACUACUGCAAACUCUCUAAGCACUAA